AUGGGUUCUCUGGAAGUUAAUCCAUCUUCAUCAUCGAUCAAUAAGAAUAAUCAAGAUAACGAUAUUGAGACAAUGGAAACACAGGUUAAACUUUUAUCUCACGACAUGUCAAAAUCUAUAGAAGUUGGAAAGAUGUGGAUGAUUGUGGAGUUUCAGAAAGUAGACAAUCAAACCAUGUUGAAGGAUGAAAUCAGGGCCCUGUUAAUUCAAUGUGGUUGGUACUUAAGAGUCAGUGGGAGUGUCAAAGCUGUGGUGCCAACUGGAAAAUCUGCAGAGAAAAGUAAAAGAAUGGGUGGUGGUGGAGGUGGUGAGUGGUUUUUAAUUGAAGUGGUUUGCAAUUUUUCUGAACAAACAUUCCACGAGGUAAGAAUGGGACCUAUUGCUAAACUUAAGAAGCAACAAUGAGGUCAAAAGACAAUCCACAUUCCGAGGUAAAAUCUCCCACUUGGAGGCUGAGGCUGAUUUAUCAAUCUGCUGUCAACCAAACAUAAACCAUGCAUUGGCAAAGAGAUUUGGAGUGGUACCGGGGGACAUUGAGGAGAAGAGUUGGGAAGCAAUCAAACAACAAAUCUCUCUAGUCCCAUGGAGUCAACAAUGGUGCUCUCAUCAGUGAUGGGUGAUGGCCGUCGGAGAAGACAACGGGAGAAGAAGGGUCAUGUCCUGAGGAGAGGGAGAGGGUGAGGGAGAUGGAGGGGGCGGAGGGGAAGGAAGAGUGGGACCAUUUAUAUAUUUAUAUUAAUUAUUAAAAUAUAUUAGUAAUAAAAGAAAUACAAAAAAAGAUGAGGGUUAAUCGAUCAUUUUAAAUCGACUAAGAACAAGAGUUGCAAAUACCAAACCACAGAGAUGGAGAAUGGGAGAACGAGAUGGUUAACCUUUUAGGAUAUGGGCGAUUAAUAAUUUUUUGCAGACCACAAAGGACAACUUAUAUAAUUCACUCAAAAAUUAUUUCAAGUAUGUUGUCAUGUCAUUAUCAUUUCGUGAU